CGCGGGUGAAACACAUUGUGUAUGGUAUCCUUCACGACGCGAUCCACGUGGAACUAAAGCAACGGAACAAUCUGAUCCAUCUGAAACGUGCAAUUUCCUGCCAGAGGAUAUUUCCAAAGAUAAUAUGUGCCGGCGAUGCUAAAGUGAAGUCGCUAAAUGUACGUGCAGAUGCUGUUCGUCUUUGCCUUUAUUUUGGGGGCGGCAAGCCAAAGCCACGGACCGGUCUUCUUGCUCGAGCCUCCUGCUCACCUCACAUUUUCCAAUACCAGCGGCUCGCAGGUCAGCUGCUCAGCACACGGAUCCCCGACGCCCCAAGUGGAGUGGUUGCUACAGGAUGGCCAAACUGUCACCGCCGUGCCUGGGCUUAGACAAUCACUCGGUAAUGGGACUUUGUACUUUCCACCCUUUAGAGCUGAAGAUUAUCGAAAGGACGUCCACUCGACCGUCUACCGUUGCAGAGCUUCCAACUUAGCCGGGACUAUUCUCAGCAGGGACGUCAAUGUGAGAGCCGUGGUCAACCAACAUUAUGAGGUACAGGUGUACCAUACACAUGUGUCAGCAGGAAACACUGCCGUGCUGGGUUGCGUUAUUCCUGCAUUCGUUAAGGAACACGUGAGCGUGACGUCUUGGUCAAGGGACGAAUCAAUCCUUUUACCUGGUUCGAACAUGGGUGGUCGUAUUAUCGUUACAUAUGGAACUGGAGAACUUCAUAUUCGAUCAGCAAGGGCAGAAGAUGGCCUUGCGAGAUAUUCCUGUUUGACACUACAUAUUCUGACGCAAGAACGGAAAAGAAGUGCACCCGCCAUUUUAACGGUUACAGAACCCACUAGAAGUAUGUCUCCCCGACUAGCCCCAACCGUCCAGACCGUAGUUUCAGCAGAUCGUGAGACCGACGUUCAUUUAACAUGUUCAGCGCAGGGAAAUCCACCGCCAACAUUCAAUUGGUUCCGGGAAAUCGAAGGCCAUCUACAACCCGUACAUUCAUCACCCCGUUUCGAACCCUCCCAAGACAUCCUCCACAUUCGCCGGCUGAAACCCGAGGAUGCUGGCAGGUGGACGUGCAAAGUCUCUAAUAAUUUUGGAGAACAAAGAUUAGAUAUUCAUCUUACCGUCACGGCUCAUUUAAGCGUACAUGUGCUUCCGCAGCUACAGGUAAUAAACUCGGGGGAAAGUGCAAUUUUCAAUUGCUCGGUUUCCGGAUCUCCGGUGGGACCCAUCCACUGGCUUAAAAAUGGAGAACCGCUUCUUACUGAUGGAACUAGAAAAAUUAAGCUAUUAAGUCCGCUGGUUUUAGCGGUGUACGACGUAACGAGACAUGACAGAGGGAUGUAUCAAUGUGUUGUCAAGAAUGAUCGAGAGAGUUCGCAAGGCAGCGCUGAACUUCGACUAGGAGAUACAGUGCCCGAAUUGCAGUACACCUUUAUCGAGCAAGCUAUGAGACCAGGCCCACAAGUAUCCCUUCGUUGUUCCGCCACCGGGUCUCCACCACCCCAAUUUCGUUGGUUCCUGGACGGGGAAACCCUGUCUGAUAUAACUUCAGGCCAUCGAUACACGAUCAGUCAGUACGUUGAUCAAAACGGCGAUGUGAUUAGCCACCUAAACAUCUCAAAUGCCCGAGUAGAAGAUGGCGGUCUUUACAGCUGCCGAGCGUUAAAUUCGCUAGGAUCAACAGAGCACUCAGCCCGGCUCAAUAUAUACGGUCCUCCAUUCAUACGAUCUAUUGGUCCCGUAAAAGCAGUGGCUGGAGCGGAUAUAACUUUGCACUGUCCAUAUUCGGGCUAUCCAAUUGGAUCUGUCCGCUGGGAGCGGCACGGACAAGAAUUACCGCUUGAUCUGCGGCAUCGUCUCGGAGAAGGAGGAUCUCUUACGAUAUCCCGGCUAGAUCCUUCAGCAGAUUCCGGAUUCUACGCUUGCUUUGUGACCAGUCGGGACGGUGAAGUCGCGAGGAGGGAAAUUCAGCUUAUAGUAAACAGUCCCCCGAUUCUGGAGCCGUUCCGGUUUCCCGCUAGCCUACAAGAAGGUGGCCGGGCACAGGUCACUUGCUCCGUCACUUCCGGGGACAUGCCUAUACACUUCGCUUGGUACAAAGACGGGGAACACAUAUCGGCGGCCCUUCAGGUGGAAGAACGCGCUGCCGAGUUCUACAGCAUCCUCAUAUUCAAAGAAGUGUCCUCGCGACAUAGCGGAGCGUACACUUGUGUAGCAAGUAACGCUGCAGCUAGAGCCAAUUAUACCGCACAGCUGAUGGUUAAAGUUACUCCCCAGUGGGUCACCGAGCCACAAGACGUAUCAGUUCUUCUCGGAAAUCCAGUCCUUGUAGGAUGCUCCGCAAAGGGGUUCCCUGAACCUCAAAUAACAUGGCUCAAAGGUCAAGGAAAAACAUCGACGGAUUAUCAACCUCUUCUAAACAUACAUAGUAGAGCAAUGCUACUCGCAAACGGGUCUAUGUGGAUCGAAACUGCUAGUCCUCAAGACGAAGGGUAUUAUUUAUGUAGAGCCAACAACGGGAUAGGAUUAGGACUUACGAAGAUCAUUUACAUAGGAGUUAACGAGCCAGCAAGAUUUGACCUUCCAUCUAAAAAUGUGUCGGUGAAGCGAGGUAACCCAGCGAACUUGCUUUGUCAUGUUUAUGGUGACAUUCCUAUAGAAGUGAUGUGGACUCUAAACGGAAAUCGCUUAGACACGAACAAUUACAGAUAUACAGUGAGCAGUACUAAUACGGAAAAUGGGGUGAAAUCGCAAGUCACUAUAGGACGAACAGAUAGAGAAGAUUCAGGAGUUUAUAAAUGCGUGGCUGAAAACACCUUCGGUCGUAGCGAGCACAUCAUUAAUCUUGCCGUUCAGGAGAGACCAGAUCCUCCCAGCAUGUUAGAAGUAAUAGAAGUAGCCAGCCGUUCGGUGCGCUUAUCUUGGAGGCGGCCUUUCGACGGCAACAGCCCGGUCAUCGGUUACUUGGUCCAGUAUCAAAUCCUCGGACCCAACCAAGACUGGGAGCAACCGACAGCUCUAAAUUUAACACUCCCGGCCAACUCCCUACCAGAUUCCGAUGUUAACCCGCAAGAAACCGCCGUGAUAGGUGGGCUCCUUCCUGCCAGGGUGUACACAAUGCGCUUGCUUGCAGUAAACAGCAUAGAUCAAAGCGCAUUCACAGAGGCUGUUAUUGUGAAAACGCAAGAAGAGGAACCGGCCGACGCGCCGAAAGACGUCCGCGUUGACUCCGUGGGGCCCGGGGAGCUCUUCCUUACGUGGUCCGUUCCGGCCAGAGAGAGCUGGAAUGGCGAGCUAUUAGGGUACAUUGUGUCUUGGAACGAGCACGGGGGUCUUCCGAACCAAACGAAAAGCUUAACGGUUAAAGGCUGGGCGACUACGAAGUUGCAAUUAACAGGAUUGAGAAAGUUUACUCGUUACGACAUUAAUGUCCGCGCCUUCAACAGUAUCUCAACCGGGCCCGCCUCCCCCACGGUUAUUGGGACCACUAAAGAAGGGGUACCGGAAGCGCCACCUCAAGACAUCUCCUGCACGCAGAUAACCUCACAGAGCAUGAAGAUCUCGUGGAGCGCCCCUCCGCAAAUCCUCCACGGGGGCCUCAUCCAAGGGUAUAAAGUUUAUUACAGGCCGCUUCCGAACGAAAAUGUUGACAUCCCGACCACGGGAGAAGUUAAAAGGACCUCGAGCAGCGAGACGUAUUUACAUACCCUCUUCAAAUACACCAACUAUUCGAUUAAGGUUUUGGCGUACACCGGAGCCGGGGACGGCAUGAUGAGCGCUCCUUUAUACUGCGUCACAGAAGAAGAUCUUCCAGGUCCACCGUCGGACAUAAAAGCUGCAGCUUUGACAAGCGAAUCAAUUCUUGUCUCCUGGUUACCACCUAGCAAACCGAACGGUCGCAUAAGUCAUUACACAGUUUAUGGGCGUGAAGCUGGACGCGUGGGAAAACACACAAGUUACAAUGUCCGAGUGGAAGACCUGGUCCAUUUGCACGGGUUGAUGUACGAAGUGCGAAAUUUAGUGGAACAUCAACUUUACGAAUUUUGGGUAUCUGCAACGACGAGUAUCGGCGAGGGCGAGCCGACAGCCAUCGUAGCGCAGGCGACUAAUUCGAGGGCCCCGUCGAGGAUAGCCUCGUUCAGUCAAUUAAUUAGAAAACCUGUCAAAUCUAAAAUUCUGUUGCCUUGUUUGGCCGUAGGCAAUCCGACGCCCAGGACGAGAUGGAUCCAUCGGGAUAGGCCCAUUACGUUCAGUUCGUUCUACGAAAUCACGGCGGAUGGACACUUGAAUAUUCACAGUGCAGACCAGUCGCUUUCGGGCAAUUACACCUGCUCUGCGAAGAAUCUUUUCGGUGAUGAUAACAUCACGUACACAUUAAUGGUGCUAAUGCCUCCGAGCGCACCACCUUUAGAGGUCCAAUUUAGCACCGCCAGAAGUAUCCGCUUGCAUUGGUCGCAACCUGAAGACGGAGGAUCGAUGAUUCAAGGUUACAUCUUGAAUACUAAACACGAGACUGAUGACUGGACAACGCUGGAACUUUCUCCAGAACAGACUGUAUAUACUUUAGACCACCUUCAAUGCGGGUCUAGCUACCACAUAUAUUUGCUAGCACACAAUAGAGUCGGAAACGGAAGUCCAAGUCCUAUUCUAACAGUCAACACCAAAGGCGGUCCACCGCUUCUGCCAAAAGACAGCGAACUCAUAUCAAUAAACGCGACAACGUUGCAGCUGAAUUUGUACAAUUGGCCCGACGGCGGGUGUCCGAUUUUGCAGUUUUCGAUACAGUAUAAGGUUUACGGGGCGAAAAAGUGGAACCUCAUCUCCAGCUCGAUUUUGGAAGAGAAGAUCAUCAUUCACAAUUUGUCGCCGGCGACUUGGUAUCAGCUGAAGAUAACUGCCGAAAACGACGCUGGAAAAAUCAUCGGACACUUCAAUUGCGCAACGACAACCUUAGGCGGAGGUAAAAUACCGAUGCCGCCAAAUUAUUCCGAAGGAACAAUACCAACCGAUAAAAUCGAUUACACCGAAGCGUACAUCCUUGCACCCACUAUAUGCGCUGUGGUUUUAUUAAUUUGCGGAAGUUUAAUUUGGUUUGUAUUGAUCAAAAUAAGGCGACAAACGGAAGAGCAAGUUCAACAGGAAGAGGUUGCGAAUGACGAAAAAGCAGCCGAACGCGAGAACACAAGGAACUGUCAACAAGUAUACACAUCUUCACCUGUCAAAUCCACGGAAAAACUGCAAGAUAACGUGUCCGGAAUGUAUGAAAUAAGUCCGUAUGCCACUUUCAGCGUGCCUGGUAACAAUAGCCGCUCGGUUACCACGUCAACGCUAGACUAUACCAUGCAAUUCAAGACUUUUGGACACAUCGAAGACGAAGACCACAAUGCUAUCAUUUACCCGAAAAAUCCAAACCCGAAGCACAGCUGGCAUAAGCACCGGUUCUAUAGCAACGAAGCUGAAGCGAACACCGUCUGUCAAUACCACUCUGGAUCCAGUCCCCCUAAUUUGAUUCAUCUGAUGUUAACAGGCGAACCUCCGAAGUCCCGUAUGCGUUCGAAUCGUCCUCCCGCAAGGGGCGACUCGGAAUCGGACGACACUAGUGGAAGUCCUUGCGGUGAUUGUCCCAGCGGUCCAAGUUACCGCGUUCCGGUGAAGUCCUCAAGAGAUUUGUUUCGUCCUGAUUCUAGCACAGAAUCUAACGACGUUUCUCCUUUAGCUGAACGCCGACACACUCCACGACAUGUAGGGGUCCAACGGCGACAGCACCGUCCUUCAAGUUCCAGCAGUUUUGAUGAUUGUGUUACGGAAGAUGCUUCUCCAGAGGAUGUGAGAUUGCAACCACCAACUGGAUUUUCUGAUAGUAGGGAGCUCAGUGAAGCAGAAUGUGACAGAGACGUUAUGCUGACCACUAAACUUUCAAAUGACUUAGCGACUUUAUUGGCGAGAUACCAGGAGAGGAGGGAGCAGGAGCGAAAGGAAUUUACCAUUCAUGUGUAACAUCUUCGAUUUUGAAAACUUCUAGAUAUUUCUUAGUUGUCUAAGGUGAAAUCGAUGGGAAUCAUUUUUGUAAUUAUACAUGUUUAUGUAAAUACGAGAGUCUGAAUAAAACAGUUUAAACGUGU